CCAUAUUCAUUUUUUUCUCUUGACAUCAAGGGAUGGCUGGGAUUGGCAAAGGAGUUGAUUUUGAGGAUUUGCUGCCAUUGAUUUCCAAUAAACUAGGUGGUGAAGGUCUUAUAAAGGAGCUAUGUAAUGGGUUUGAGUUGCUGAUGGACAAGGAAAAAGGAGUGAUCACAUUGGACAGCUUGAAGAAGAACUCAUCUCUCCUGGGUUUGCAGGAUUUGAAGGAGGAUGAGUUGGUUAGCAUGAUGAAGGAAGGAGAUCUUGAUGGUGAUGGGGCUCUCACUCAGAUGGAGUUCUGUGUUUUGAUGUUCAGAUUGAGUCCACAGUUGAUGAAUGAGUCCUGGUUUUGGCUUGAAGAGAUUCUGCACCAUGAACUCAACUUAUGAAGGGACAUCUCAUUCUUGUUUCAGUUGUUUCUUAAUAUAAGUCAUCCUUCUACCAUUGUUAUCCUUUCUUUUGGUUCUUGAUUAUGUUGCUUCUCUUUUUCACAAUUAAAAUUGGAUAGAAAAGAAAUGCAAUUAUACAUGUACUACACCCAUUCACCCUAAAGAACAGAGAGUUGGAUGAUUUGCUUUUAAUAUCUAUAUUUUUCUGGAUGUACACAGGGAAAAAAAAUA